UUUCAGAUUUGGGUAUCUAUCAUACAGGAGUUUACAGCCCCUACAUAUAAGGCACAGAGAAGGUCGAAUGGAGUCAGAAGGAAGUUUUGACGGUACUGGAGACAUCUACAAGCACAGGUCUAUCACCUCCCCAACGACCCAGUUCUGCUGCCCACCAAAAUACAGAUGAAUGACGACUCUAUUCAGGAAGACACCUGGCCAGCGGUCCAGAGCUGAUGCAGGCCACGCCGGUGUAUCUGUAAGCAUGAUGAAGAAGAAGACGUCCCACAAAAAACAUCGGAGCGGUGUGGGGCCCAGCACACCUGUUUCCCGGCCCCGGCGGAGCAUGAUAGGCUGCAGGAUUCGGCAUGGGUGGAAAGAGGGGAACGGCCUUGUCACCCAGUGGAAAGGAACCAUUCUGGAUCAGGUGCCUGUAAAUCCUUCUUUGUAUCUUGUAAAAUACGAUGGGUUUGACUGUGUUUAUGGACUGGAACUUAAUAAAGAUGAAAGAAUUUUUGAGCUUGAAGUCCUCCCUGAUAGAAUUGCAACAUCUCAAAUCAGUGAUUCACACCUAGCCGACAUGAUAAUUGGCAAAGCAGUGAAGCACGUGUUUGACAGCGAGGAUGGCUCUAAAGACGAGUGGAGCGGAAUGGUCCUAGCACGCGUCCCUAUAAUGAGCACGUGGUUUUACAUCACCUAUGAGAAAGAUCCUGUCUUGUAUAUGUACCAGCUCUUAGAUGAUUAUAAAGAAGGCAACCUUCACAUUAUGUCUGAUUAUACUGAUUCACCUCCAGCAGAAGGGGAACAAGGAAAAACCAUGGAGAGCCUGAUAGGCAAACAGGUGGAAUAUGCUAAAGAAGAUGGCUCUAAAAGAAUUGGCACGAUCAUCCACCAAGUAGAGGCCAGACUGUCUGUCUGUUUCAUCAAGUUUGAUAAUGAUUUCCAUAUUUAUGUCUACGAUUUGGUGAAAUCCUAGAUGUCAUCACGAACUUUGCCAAAUUUCUAAGACUGUUAAAUGUGUAAUUUGUAGACAUAAAGACUUGGUUGCUUUCCAUUUUCAUGAGAGCUUAAAUGUCCCUGCGAAUCCACAGUCUCUGCCAACAGAACUGGUUUUGUUCUGAAUAGUAUAGAUUUAUGUGAAUACAAAAGCAUUUUGUGUAAGGAACUCCUUCCUCUUAAAAGAAGUCUGUCUGUUUGGAGGGGAGUUACAGGCAAGUUUGGUAAAAAAAAAAAAAAAUUAAGCUAUUAUCAUAGUUGUUUAAAACUGUAAUAGAUUUUAUCAGUUUUCCCCUUCAUUUUUAACAUUCUCUUAUUCUGCCGCCACAAUGCAAGCAUAGUUUGGUAUUUUUGUUAUUGCCUUUUUGGAGAUAAACGUGUAUCUAUAGCUACCUAUUUGUCUGUAUCUGUGGAUUUACAUUUAUUUUAUAUAUAUGUAUUUUAUACACACACACUCACACACACACACACACACACACACUUCAUCUGCAAUCCUUUCUUUGUGGCUUGAAACGGGGGUUAAGUAAUUGUCUCCAGUUCAACAGGAAAGCUUGACCCAAGUCAAUCAUACUGACUAUAUCACUGCUGUUUAUUUAAAAUUAAAUUUGAACACAGAAAGCACACCAGGACAUUCCGUUUGCUUUGAAAGUCAGAAGUGUAGAGCAUCACUUCAGUCUGGAAGUUCAAACAUGAAUCACUUUUGAACCAUUAAUGACCCAUGUUAGACUUUUACCAAACAGUUAGAAAUCUGGGUGAAAGACUGCCUCUGAUUCUCAGUUUAUAAAUUUUUUUGUUUACAUUUUUAUCAUAAAUACUGUUUCUGGGUUUUUUUUUUUUUUAGCAAAGCCCAGGUGCCUGGUCCACACAGUGUAAUGUAGGUGUGUUUUGGACAGUGCUUUUGGUCUAUUAUUUGUAUAAAUCAGCAAUCUGGAUUUUAGUACACGAUGUAAAAGGAAACAGUACACCAGUGGCUUGGGUGUAUGUGGUAAGUUCCUGGGAGAAUAUAGUGCUUUUAUGUAAGAAGUGUAAGUUUAAGAAUGCAAGUUGUUGCUUUCUAACCAGUUCUCUAGGACGCUUUUAUUUUUAUUCCUAUUGUUACUGAGACUAUGAUUAUGGUCAGAAGGCUUUUUCUCCCUGAUUUUUCCCCACGAAGAGUGUUUGGACAAAGAACUUCUGAAAUCUUUUUGUGGUGCUGUGUCUUCUUGCUAUUUAUGUGGAUUCAUCCUGUUGAGUGUUCCCCAUCCCAUCAGGGUCUGUCACCUGCACUGGCUUGUGGAUGUGACUGAUAGCAGCCUUGAGCCACAGAAUCCUUUUGUGGCUUAUUCCUGCAAGAUUGUUUUAACCAAAAUAGAACUGCAAAAGUGAUUGGUUUAGCAGUGAAAUGGCCAUCUGUCACUUUGUUCUGAAUGAGCCCUGGCUUUUUGAAAGCUAGGGGAAAGGCAGUAUGCAGAACCAGUCUCUUGUGGAGUUUGGAAAUCUGACCUUCGAUUUGGGCAGAAGUCUAAAUGCAUAUGCUGUCAGUCAAACACCAGAGGUCCCUGAAAGCUCCAUCGUGGCUAUUCUUGAUGUUAGAGAUCCUGCAGUUUCAAGGCCUCCCGUGAGCAGUUUGCAGGAUGCCCAGUUCAGGAAGGCUGUGCCUUCUGCUCUUGGCUGGUAACCCCGAGCACCUCAUAAACACAGCACCUCCGUUUUCUGCGGUGUGCCCACAAGGGCAACCAGGGACGAGCUUUUCCAGGUAGUGAGUGCUCAGAUCUGAGAUGUUUCUCCCAUGCAGCAAAUCUGUCACCAGUUUUCCUGGUAGCUCUCCUAAGAAUCCCUGUGUGUGAAUCUCAAAGCCCAGCCUGGCUCCCUGAGCCCAAGCAGACACGUGCAGCCCAGAGAGUCAGUGUGUCCUGCUCCCACAGCACAAACACAGCAGUGACUUCAGACUGAAAAAUAAAGUCCUUUAGAAGUAGACUGACGGUUGAGUCAGUUGAAACAUUUCUAGCAUCACUUAAUGACUCACACUGUGGUUUUUCUGCAAGUACCAUUAGCAACUUUACCACCACAUUAUCUGCCACACUCUAGAUGAAUGUGACACGUGAUUGUUAUGAUCAUUAUUUUAAUUAUUGUUCCAUUUAUUGCCUUUAGGGUUAAGGAAGGGGAAGGGGCCAGGGCUGUUGUUUUUCCAUCCCCCUCCCAUUCUUUGUUCUUUCAGUGGCUUAAACCACACUUUCUGAUGCUGAGACUAGCUCUGCACCCCAGUCAAAUAUUUCAAGCUUCAUUUAGCCUCUUGUGUUUCAGAUCUCUGUGCCUGGCUUGCAUUUUCUUGGUAUCUGAAUAUUGGUUCCUUGUUCUAGAAAUUCAACGUUAAUUUCCAGCAUUACAGUGGGAUUUGUGAUAACACAAGACGUGAAUCUCUGUAUAAAAUGUAUUGGCCAUUCUCCAUGACCAUUAUUGUAUCAUGUGUGUGCGUAUGUGACAUCCAGGUGCCUGGAAGGCUUCAAAGGAAAACCUUAAAAACAGGCCAUCUUUUUUACAUGAUAUUCUAAGUAGAAUGUUCAAGGUAACCAACUAAAAUUGCAUGUGAAAGAUA